AAACAGGACUACAAGACUUCCUCCUCACUUUCCUGUAAUGGAUUGUCGCUGGAAACAAUGAUGAAAGUUGACUCCUGUCCAUCAAAUGAAGAUGAGAAGAACAAGUUAGCAAGAGAUAAAAAUUGUAGGAGAUACUGGAACCUUUAUAAACACGAGUGUAAUGAGGAUCCUUUGAAAUUUCAAUACCACUGCGUUAUUAAUGAUUAUAAAAAUGAGACAAUUGAAGUAUGCGGCAUUAAAACAAUAAUCAAAGGUUAUUGCACAGAAUUCAACGUUAAAGGUGGAUCUAUCCAGGCGCAUUUUGGAUACGAUUGCACAAAGUUUGAUCCCCCAUGUAAAAGCAAUUACAGUUCAACAGAAGCUUAUCUGUAUAAACCAUGCUACAAUUUUAGCGGCAAGCAAAAUAAGGUUGAUGGAGGGUGGUCAACAUGGAGUCCAUUUGGCAGCUGGAGUGAUUGUACAGUUACCUGUGGUGGAGGAGUUCAACAGAGUUUGAGGACAAGGGAGUGUAAAAAUCCUGAACCAGAAAAUGGGGUACGCGAAUGUGAAGGUUCUGAAGAGGAUAAAAAGGAGAAGACAUGCAACUCACAGCCCUGCCCUGGAACGAGCCUUCGCUUAGAAUUAUGGGCAACAAAAUUAAGUCAACAUGUAUCAACGAUGAACAGUUCCAAAAGCUCGAAAAGAACCCUAUUCUAUACAGGGGUACAGAAUGAAGUUACAAAAGGAAGAUACAUAGAACACGAGUCUACAAAUAAAUUUUAUUUAUUCACCAGUAUUAUAUCUACCCGUUUCAGUUCUGAAAGACCAGCAGUUCUAGUCAAGUCGGAUGUUUUUUGGUCUGGAUACAUUCCUUAUGUUAUUUUUGGAUUAGCGGGAUUGUUUGUGAUAUUUUUUGGGAUAUUUGCGUUUUCCUUUAUGCACAAAAAUGUUUUUCAAAGAAGAAACUUAGAAUUACCUUUGGAUACUUUUCAAAAGGAAAAUACAGACUAUAUGCCUAUUCAGAGAAAUGUGCAUAUUAGAAGUUCCAUAAUACACACUAAUGAACAAGAAACGCUUUUGGCAUUUAUUCCUCCCAUGUCUGAAAAUGAUAUACAAUAUGAGGAAAUAACUAUGCUUAAUUCUUCUGUUGAUGGAUCUAGUUUAGAGGAUAACGAAAUGUCAUGUGAGUCCCAGGAUGACAAAAAUAAGUAUUUGGAUCCAAACACAUACCUGACACCAAUUGCAGAGACGUACUUGACUCCUGUAGCAGAUUCAGAAAAUACCUAUGUUGAAGUUGUUGAUUGAAAUAUAAAGGCUAGAUCCGUCAUAAAACAGUCUUAUCUGUAGCACAUUACAGUGUUUGGUUCUAAAAUGAUCCCCUCUCUUGCCUUUUGUACUCAUAACAACAGAAAACAAAAGCACAAGGGAGGGGGUCAAUCUAAAUUUAAAUGUAGCAACUUGAAAAUCCUCUUUUCUUCAUACGUUAUAAAUAAGGUUAUUUUUAUGAAUUACGGACAGGAAGAUAAACGAAUAAUUAUAAUAAUGAAUCGAAUCCAAGACCCCUGCAUGUCCAAGAAGGUGCUCUACCAACUGAGUUUCCAAGGCCGAUAUCCACGGCCCUAAACAUUACAUCUGUAAAUUUUACUAUUUAUUCUGAAACUUUUACACUUUAUUCGGUAAAUUUUGCACUUUUCAUCUGUACAAUUUUCACAUUAAUCUAUAAAAAUUCUACUAAAGCUAACGAUUGAAUGG